GCUGCAGGACCAGGAGAGAUCUGCUGUGAGUCUGAGCUGAUAAAGAAUUCCGGAUUUCUGCUUCCUCCAGUUCCAUCAGGGAGAUCACUCCGGCUGAUUUUGUGUCCCACACUGCUCGUGGUGGCCCCUCCCCACCAUGACUCUCCUGGCUCGCACCCUGGCACUGCUGGCAAUGACCAUGGCCACCGUGGCCAUCAAGGUGGUGCCACUGGACAUGGCCCAGGACUCCUUCGAUGACCAGUACCGGGGCUGUGCCCCUGCCAUAGCUUCAGCCUUGCCAGCCCUCUACAGCUUUGAGUAUCAGAUGAAUCCUCACUUUGCCCAGGGCUGGUAUCAUGCUGAUGCUGAGUGGCGCAAGCGGGGCUCUCCUGUUUUCCCUCUGGUGUCCCCAUGGCAGGCCGUCGCUGUCAUGGCCUACACCAUGAAGUACCUCUACAAGGAGUUCAACGCGGCCGUGCGUGUGGCUGGGCGUUCCCAUGAGGAAUACCAGAACAACUUCCACUUCAAAACGCUGCAUUUCCUGCUGACUGAUGCCCUGGCGACACUGAAGCACGCUCAGAACAAGCAGUGUCACCGCGUGUUCCGGGGUGUGCGUGACGUUCAAUUCCAGGCACAGCGUGGCCAGAGUGUCCGGUUUGGUCAAUUCACAUCGACGUCGCUGAGCAAAGAGAUCGCCCAGAAAUACGGAACAGACACCGUAUUUGAGGUUUACACAUGCCACGGUGUGGACAUCCAGGCUUUUUCCUACGAUCCUAGAAACCGUGAGGUGCUGAUCCCACCCUUUGAGACCUUCAAGGUCACCAAAGUCACUCAGAACGGGAAGAAGACAAGGAUCAGCCUCCGCUCCACUGGGACCUUCAGCAAACACAGCUGUGCAUGGCUGUGGGGUGACGCCACAGGGGACAUACUGGGGCUGUGGGGAUACCCACUGUGGGUAUGGGGACACCCAUGGUAAGGCACAGGCUACAAUGACACUGACUUGGGAUGGGGGACAUGGGCAUCCAGUGUGUGUGCGGGGACACAGACACCCAGGGCUGGAAACAAAGACAGGGAUACCUGGUGCUGGGGACACCCACAGUGUACACGGCACACCCAUGACAGGGUACAGGGGGUAGGUACAGGGCACAGGGGGUGGGUACACUCACUGAGAGUUUGGGGACAGGGACACCACAUGCUGGGGACACCAAGUUUAGGGACAUCCAAUGUGGGAAUCGUGACAGGAAUGUGGAUUAUAGGGCACAGGGAUCCCCACUUCUGGGGGGGAACACAGACAGGGACAGCCCUGCCAGGGGACAACAGGAACAGGGACAGGGACAGAGACAGGGACCUCCCCAUACCAAUCCUGUCACUCCCCACCAAAGGCAGUGCUGUGAGGAUGAGUCCUGUGUGCUGGACAUGGGUGAGCUGGGACGCCCCUUGGCACCCCCUGUCACCUCCCAUGGCACUCCCUGACUUCCCCUGCUCCUUUACCCCUAAGCCCACCAGGACUCCCCUGUCUUACCUAGUCCCUGUACCCCCUAUGCACCAGCAGACACCCUGUCACGUCAUGGCCCCCAAUUCACCUGUCACCCCCCACCUCCAAUUAUGGCCGUAACUGACCCCUUCACUCCCCACAUGUUCUCCCUCACCCCCCUCUUUGUCCCCCAGGUGGCACCAGCCACAGGGCCCCCUUCCACCUCGGAGUACUCUUCCUGGCUACCACAGCCCUGGCAGUGGCCACUGGAAUUCUCUGAGCCAUGAGGCCACCAAGGUCACCGAGGUCACUGUGGUCACGGUGGCAGCCGUGGUCGCCAUGAUCACCAAGACUCCCUGUAACAAGGCUACCACAGCCACUGUGACCACUGUGACCACCAAGGCCAUUGCGCAAACAAUUCUAUUAAAUAAUUCAAUCAUAACAAUUCCAUUAAAUAAAUCUGUCAAAACCAGAAAAAA